AUGCAGUUGGCAGCACUUCCCGUAAUGCCCGUCCAAGCAACGACUCAGCAGGCUACAAGACAUGCUCGACGGGUCUAUGUUGGUGGGCUCUCCGCAACUGCCAAUGAACAGUCCGUGGCUACCUUCUUUAGUCAUGUUAUGUCAGCAAUUGGAGGAAAUACUGCUGGUCCAGGAGAUGCUGUGUUGAACGUUUAUAUCAACCACGAGAAGAAAUUUGCUUUUGUUGAAAUGCGAUCUGUUGAGGAGGCCAGCAACGCAAUGGCUUUAGAUGGCAUUAUUUUCGAGGGUGCACCGGUUAAAGUAAGAAGACCAAGUGAUUAUAACCCUUCACUGGCUGCAACCCUUGGCCCUAGUAUGCCCAAUACCAAUCUGAAUCUUGCAGCUGUUGGGCUCGCAUCAGGAUCUUCUGGCGGGCUUGAAGGCCCAGACCGCAUAUUUGUUGGAGGUUUAUCGUAUUAUUUCACUGAAGCACAGGUCAGGGAGCUACUGGAGACCUUUGGGCCGCUAAGGGGCUUUGAUCUGGUCAAAGAUAGAGAAACAGGAAACUCCAAGGGCUAUGCAUUUUGCGCUUACCAGGAUUUAUCUGUAACGGACACUGCUUGUGCAGCUCUCAAUGGUAUAAAGAUGGGAGAUAAAACACUUACUGUUAGGCGUGCCAACCAGGGCGUGCAACCUAACCCUGAGCAAGAGAGUGUGCUAUUGCACCCCCAGCAACAAGCGGCAUUGCAGAGGCUCAUGUUGGCACUUUGCAUCACACCUGCUACGAAGAUUGUGUGCUUGACACAAGUGGUGAAUGUAGAUGAGCUCUGA